UUUUUUUUUUUGAUCAGUGCCAUUUUGCAGUGGUGAGAUGGUAUCUCUUGUAGUUUUGAUUUACAUCUCUUUAAUGGCUAAUGAUCAUGAGCCUCUUUUCUUGUAUUUGUUGGCCACCUGAAUGUCCUCUUUGGUGAAGUGUCUGUUUAUGUCCUUUGCCCAUUUUUUUAUUGGAUUACUUGUCUUUUUGUUGUUGAGUUGUUGAAGUUUUCCAUAUAUUUCAGAGAUUAGACCCUUAUCAGGUAUGUUCUUGCCAAAAAUAUUUUCCCAAUCUGUAGGUUCUCUUUUCACUCUCUUGGUAAAGUCUUUUGAUGAGCAUAAGUAUUUAAUUUUUAGGAGGUCCCAGUUAUCUAAUUAUCUUCUGUUAUUUGUAUAUUUUUAGUUUUGUUUGAUAAACUAUUUAUGUUGAAAAGUAGGUUUCCUAGUUUUGACCCUAUGUUAUCUUCCAGGAACUUUAUAGUUUUAGCUUUAACAUUUAGGUCUUUGAUCAGUUUAGAGUUAGUUUUUGUGCUGGUAUGAAAUAUGGAUCCUAAUUCAGUUUUCUGUAUAUGCAUAUCCAGUUUUGCCAGCACCAUUUGUUAAAGAGACUUUCUUCUCCAUUGAAUGGACUUUGACCCUUUGUCAAAGAUCAGCUGCCCAUAAAUGGAUAGAUUUACUUUUCUGUUCUCAAAUCUGUUCCGUUGGCCUAUGUGUCUGUCAUUGAACCAGUACCAGGCUAUUUUGAUUACCAUGACUACUGUAUAGUAAGUUUUGAGAUCAGGAAGUGUGAGGCCUUCUACUUUGUUCUUCAAUACUGCUCUAGCUAUUUGGGGUGUCCUUUCUUUCCAUAUAAAGAUGGAGUUUUAAUAUUCAUUAAAGAAUAUUGUUGAGAUUUGGGUCAGGAUUACAUUAUAUCUGUAGAUCACUUUUGGUAGUAUUGACAUUUUCACAAUUUUAAGUCUUCCAAUCCAUGAGCAUGGAAUGUUUUUCCAUUUCUGUAGAUCUCUUAGUUUCAUGUAGUAGUGUUUUAUAGAUUCCUUUGUAUAAGUCUUUUACAUCGCUGGUUAGGUUUAUUCCUAGGUAUUUUAACCUUUUGGGGGGCUAUUAUAAAUGCUUUGAUUUCUUGAUUUCCUUUUCAGAGUCCUCCUUGUUAGUGUAGAUAAUCCCGACUGAUUUUUGUGUGUUGAUCUUGUACCCUGCCACUUUGCUGAAUCUGUCUAUUAGUUCCAGUAAUUUUCUUGUGGAGUCUUUGGGAUUUUCAAUGUAUAGGAAUAAUGUCAUCUGCAAAUAAGGAUAGUUUUACUUUUUCUGAAGGCCACAAUUCUUGAUAAUAGUAGAAUCAGGGUUCCAGACCAAGUCCAAGUGAUUUCAAAACUACUCUGUUAAUUAGCCAUUAUGCUACCCAGGCAUGUGGAGUCUCCUCCCUGGAUAUUUACAGGCCAUUGCCUAGGAUGGGUUAUUAGGUGUUUCUUUUAAUCCUGUGGAGUGGUCACUGGCAUUUAUAGAGUAGUGUUUAAUGUGGGAAGUGGAAGACUUCUCUUCAGGACUUACAUAUUGGGGCAGCAAGAGUUUAAAAAUUCCACUUUACUAAGGGUAUUUGUUCAGCUUUAGGACAUGAGUCAAAGUAGGACCACCAUGUAAAUUUAAGACAGAUCAUUUAUCAGGUGCUUUUUCUUAUUCCAGUAGGGGUGGGGCUUCAGUGGUAGAAUUCUCACCUUCCAUGUGGGAGAGCCGGGUUUGAUUUCUGGCCUGUACACCUCACGCACAGGCACCACCGUCCGUCAGUGGAGGCUUGCGUGUUGCUUGUGAUGCUGAACAGGUUUCAGUGGAGCUUUCCAACUAAGACUAGGAAGAAAGGCCUGGCAAUCUACUUCCAAAGAUCAGCCAAUGAAAACCCUGUGGGUCACAACGGCCCUCGGUCAUGGGGAUGGUGCAGGACCAUUGUGCAUGGGGUUGCUAUGAGUCACAUGCUGGCUCUACAGCAGUUAAUAACAAGAACAGCUCUGUUAGAGAGAGUGGUGGUGGAUCCUGAUGUGAUUUGGAAUACAAAGGUAAGGAAGACACAGCUUUGGCCAUUAGGGCAUUCUGGUGGGAAAGCCCGGUACGUGCCGCUUACUGUGAGAGUUACUACCUUUUCAAAGAAAAGGCAAUUUUAGGAGAAUGAAGGUCUGUUGCGGAUCUGGAAAUACUUGGCUGAGGCUUUUUUUUUUGGUCAUUGUUGUAAAUAUAUCUAUCAGACAACUUUUGCCAAUUCAACUUUUUACAGGUGUACAACUUUUUGACAGCAAUUACAGUAAGAGGCUGUACAAGCCUACCCUUAAUCACUGCGAUUUUUCCAUCACCAUUAACCCCUCUUUCCCCACUCUCUCCCACCAUCCCUGGUAACCGCUAAUAAAGUUUGGUCUCUAUACAUUUGCCUUUUCUUGUCUUUUUAUGUAAGUGAGGUCAUAUAAUAUUUGUCCUUUCAUGAUUGACUUAUUUCACUCAGCAUAAUGUCUUCAAGCUCCAUUCAUAUUAUAGCAUGUACCAAGACUUCAUUUCUCCUACUGGCUGAGUAGUAUUCCAUUGUGUGUAUGUACCAUACUUUGUUUAUUCAUUCAUCUGUUGAUAGGCUUUUAGGUUGUUUCCACCCUUUGGUUAUUGUAAAUAGUGCUGCCAUGAACAUUGGUGUACAAGUCUUUUUUUGAGUCUCUGCUUUCAAGUCUUUUGGGUAUAUACUUAGGAGUGGAAUUGCGGGAUCAACUGGUAGUUCUAUUUUUAGUUUUUUGAGGAACUGCCACACUGUUUUCCACAAAGGCUGUACCAUUUUGUAUUCCCACCAGCAAUGGGUAAGGGUUCCAAUUUUCCCGCAUCCUCAGCAACAUUUGUUAUUUUCUGUUUGUUUGUUUUUUAUCUUAACCAUCCUAGGGGGAAUGGAAAAGUGAUAUCUCAUUGUGGUUUUGAUUUGUAUCUCUCUGAUGGCUAAUGACACGGAGCAUCCUUUCAUGUAUUUGGUGGCCAUUUGAAUGUCCUUUUUGGUGAAAUGCCUAGUCAAGUUCUUUGCCCAUUUUAUGAUUGUGUUGUCUUUUUGUUGUUAAGCUGCCAAAGUUUUAUAUAUAUUUUGGUUAUUAGAUUCUUGUCUGAUAUAUGGUUUCCAAAGAUAUUCUCCCAGUCGGUAGCUUGUUUUUCCACUUUUUUAGUAAAGUCUUUUGAUGAACAAAAGUUUUUAAUCGGUUGGAGCAUUUUUUUGUCUGUGUAUAAGUAAGUCUAACAGUCUAAGCCUUCCCUUCCCUUCAGAUGGUUGCCUUUUGGUUUGGAUUCUGUCAGUUGCUGUCUGUUGGUUCCUUAAGGGUGAACAUCAGGGAAGUAAUUUUCUUUGGAAAAUUUUGAAACUGCCUCGCAAACAGAUGUCCAGCUGAGCUCCCACCAGGAGCCUUGGAAAAGCAAUCCUAUUUAUUAGUAAUAGUGUAUUGAUUUUGUGUGGUAAAUGGACCCAGAGGUCUGUGACAAUGAGUCCAUUUGAAAUUAUAAUUUAAAAUAUCAAACCAAAUAGCUGGGCCGAAGUACUACCCCAGAAUGUAAAUGAUUAGAUGCUUAGUGAAUUUCUCAUGUGCAUGUAAUUAAGUUGGCAAUUAGGAAUGAAGGUUAUUUUCAUAUUCUAAACCUUUUGUUCAACAAUCACUGGUCUAAGGUCAGAGAAAUAGCUAUUAAACCUUAGAGGCCUUUAUAAAAAUAUAUAGUUUUGUUUUGUUCAUUUAUUUGCUUGACCAGUCCAUAUUACCUGAACUUGUAUUAUAAAAUAAACCAAAAAACCAAACCUACUGCCGUCGAGUCGAUUCCACCUCAUAGCAACCCUAUAGGACAGAGUAGAGCUGCCCCAUAGAGUUUCCAAGGAGCGCCUGGUGGAUUCGAACUGCCAACCUCUUGGUUAGCAGGUGUAGCACUUAACCACUACACCACCAGGGUUUCCGUAUUAUAAAAUAGAAGGCGCUUAAUCAAAGAAUUGACUGCAUGACUAUACUUUUAAUUUUGUGAAAGCCUACAGAUUUCAUCUUAAAUUGAAAGGUAAAUGUAUGAUUAUUAUUUAUUUAGCACAUACUACCCAAACCUCAAGAAGCCCUGGUGGUGCAGUGGUUAAGCGCUCAAAUGCUAAUCAAAAGGUCAGCGGUUUGAACCCACUGGUGGCUCUGUGGGAGAAAAGACUUGGCGAUUUGCUCUUGUAAAGAUUACAGCCUAGGAAACCCUACGAGACAGUUCUACUCUGUCCUCUAGGGUCACUAUGAUUUGGAAUUGACCCAACACCACACAACAACCCCAACCUUAUUUUUUAUGUCUGUGGUUAUGGAGGGAAACCCUGGUGGCAUAGUGGUUAAGUGCUACAGCUGCUAACCAAGAGGUCAGCAGUUCAAAUCCACCAGGUACUCCUUGGAAACUCUAUGGUGCAGUUCUGCUCUGCCCUGUAGGGUCGCUAUGAGUUGGAAUUGACUCGACGGCAGUGGGUUUGGGUUUUUUCUGGUUAUAGUUAUGGAGGAAAUGGGUCUGCUCAGGUAUUCCCAGGCUCCCUGUUCACUGUGUCCAUCUGAUCACGAUCUAGUGCUGCUUUGGGAUUAUGGCAGCAGAUGGGCCUGUAGAGGCUGUACUGCUGGUAACGUGUCUAACCCAGAAGUCUUGGCUUUGACUGGGCUGGCCUGGGCUCUCCCUCAUGCCCAGUGCUUAAGCUUUUAUGGGCCAAUUCUACUAGCAGUCUUUCUCUACAUUUCCUUUAAAUCAUACUUUAACUUCUUCCUUCCCAUCCCCCGCAACACAACUGCCCUGACAUCCUGGCUUUUUCCAUUCCUGACAAACGAUCUGUCCACUGUAACUGUAGCUCUGCUGUGCUGAUAUCUGUUGAAAUGAGACCUAGAAUCUAAAUGUGGCGUCAUGAAACUACGAGUGAAACAUUUUUCUCUUCAGAUAGUCCGUGGUACCUUGGCGUCAAACAACCACUUCUCUGUACCUUCUUCACUGUGAUGUUGGGUGAAGAAAAUGUGGUAAAAUUUCUAUGAAAGUGAUUUAGAGUUAAAAGUUCUAUAUAAGGGCACGGUGUUAGCUGUUUUUUGAGCCUAUACUAGGGAGAUGUUAAUGAACACCACCUGUCUUCCCCAAGCGUAAUAAGCUGACUUCAACCUAAUUGCAUUUCUUAUCAUGUAAUAGGAAUCACGAACCCUCACUAUGCUCGCUCCUACAGCUACUUCCUACCCUAAUGAGGCUUUGUAACCCAAAGAUUAAAUGUUUCGUUUAUGCUUCAUUGACUAAGUUACCUAAACAUUUUGUACUGGGUCCUUUUUCUCUUAGAAGUUCAAAGUAAUAAUUUGGUACUAAAACUACUACUGUAAAAUAGGUACAUGACAAAUGUGGUUCCCUUUGUGCUUGGAGGCUGGUCAGACCGCACAGUGAGGACUUGUAUGUCAGGCACAGAGAGAGCAGGAGGCUGCUGAGGAAAGAGGCCUUGGCCAGCCCACGAGCAGCGGCAUGAUUUGGCAUGUAGCGCUCUUGACUGGAGAUCCAGGAGCCGGGGAAUCUAAUGGGUGUCACAGCCUCGAUGGGUGGGAUCAAUUGGCUCACCUCUGGGUUCCAGUUUCUCAUCUGUCAAAUGUGAGUGAUCUCUGAUGGCCUCCUUCAGCUCGAACAUCCUGUGACUCUGUCCACUAAGCCACAAGGAUUCACAGUGGCCCUCGAGUUCGUGAGGGCUUGAGGAAGCUGUUGCUGCCCAAACCAAAAACCAGUGUCGUUGCUGUCAAGUCCAUUCUGACUUUUGAUGACCCUGUGUGUUACAGAGUAGAGCUUUCCAUAGGAGACUCCACUGCAGUCUUCUGUGAAAGCAGAUCGCCAGGCUUUUCUUCCAUGGUGCCACUGGGUAGAUUGGAAGUGUCAACCAUUAGGUUAGAAGUCCAGGGCAAACUGCUUGCGCCACCGAGAGGCCUGUUGUUGCUCAGGGUGGCGCUAAUUCUGCCAUUAUGCAUUUGGAGCAUCAUCUGAGGUAACUUUACCAUUGUGCAGGGAGGGGAUGCCACAGUGGAAGUGUUCUUUUUGAAGUUGGCAUAGUGGUUAAGUACUACAGCUGCUAACCAAAAGGUCGGCAGUUCAAACCCACCAGGUGCUCCUUGGAAACUGUGGGGUAGUUCUACUCCGUCCUGUAGGGUUGCUAUGAGUCAGAAUCGACUCUACGGCAACAGGUUAUGGGUUGAUGGAGCCCUGGUGGUGCAGUGGCUAAGAGCUUGGCUGCUAACCAAAAGGUCAGCAGUUCGAACCUACCAGCCAUUCCUUGGAAAACCCUAUGGGGCAGUUCUGCUCUGUCCCAUAGGGUCGCUAUAAGUUAGAAUCAACUCGACAGCAAUGGGUUUGGGUUUUUUUUUUUAAGGUUUGGUAUGAUUAUUAUUUACGUGCCCAUUCCUGAUAGUGCUCUUUCAAGAGAGUUGGCACCAGUUCGUUUUUAAUUUUAAGUAGAUCUCAGAGUUAGGGUGUAGUCCUUCUGGUCCUUGAGAUGGGCCCUGCUCAAGUGCAGCAGGCCCGUGGGACUGUUAGUCCAGGGCUCUGGUUGAAGGCCCAUCUUGAUAGUCAUUCAGAAAUUACUGAGUGUUACUUGUUGGCUGAGCACUAGGAAUUUGGUCCCUGUCCUCCUGUAACUCACUGAACUGCCUUUAAGUUCUUGGCAACGAUUCUGUGAAGUACUGAAAAAUGUUAUUUCCAUGGUACCAGUGAGGAAGCUGAAGAAGGUCAGAUUUUGUGAUCCUCCCACCCCAAAAUGAGAUAAGUGGGAAAGGGCUUGGACUCUGCAGCUGACUUGGAUUUAAUUUCCAUCCCCUUUGCCUUUCAUGGAGCUUGGGCUUGUUAUUUCACUGUUCUAGACCUGAGUUUCAUCAUUGGUAGCUUGGGGCAAUUAGCGACCUACCUCUCAGGGUUGUUGGGGCACUGGAUGAGAGCAUAGAAGGUGCUCAUAAAGGUUAGUCCCUGCCAUGUCUAGUGAGCCAGCGGGACAGGUGGGACUGAAAACAGGCCUCAAGUCUAUAAUGCUGCCUUCCACUGUAGCAUACAACUUCCCGAUAUGAAGAUAGUUAGAAGCAUCUUUAGAUAACCAGUUGCCAUCAGUCUGAUGCUAACUCAUGGUGACCUCAUGUGUGUCAGAGUAGAACUGCACCCUGUAGGGUUUUUGAUGGCUGACUUGUCAGAAGUAAAAUGCCUCUGGGUGGACUCGAACCUCUGACUCUUUGGUUAGCAGCUGAGUGCAUUAACUGUUGGUGCCAGCCAGGGACUCCGCUACUAUAAAUACAUGGAGAACAAUUCUGUUCAAUGUGAAUUUGAUGCAAAUUUUGUUAUUGUUUUUUCUUUUUUCUCUAUUUUUUUCUAAAUUGCCUUGAAAUGGUACUUUUUAAAAAUUCUUGGGAACACAAGACUUUGUAAUUGCUAGGGAAGAACCAAGACACUAAAGGUCCCCUAGACCAGUGGUUCUCAACAGGGGGCAAUUCUAUUCACCAGGGGACAUACGGCCAUGUCUAGAGACGGUUUUGGUUGUCACCUCUGGGGAAGGGGGUACCACUGGCAUCUAGUGGGUAGAGACCAGGGAUGCUGCUAAACAUCAUACAAUGCACAGGACAGACUUCCCUCCACCCCCACAACAAAGAAGUAAUGGACUAAACAUGGCAGGAUUGAGAAGCCUCCUCUUGGGCAAUCCCGUUCCUACUGCAGGCAGUUUUUCUCCCCUUAUGGCAAAGUCAGAUAGUCUUCUCAAACAGGUAUGCGCAUUUUCUAAGGCCUUAUUGUAUUCCAUAUGAAUAGUCUUCAAAGUCCUGGAAAACUAGGACCAUUUCUCAUACUAUAUUGGGAGAAAGAGGCUGGAAAGGAAACUAUUUCAUUCUUCCAUAUAGUUUGAGAAAUUAAAUCCAAUAGGAAACUUUUUUCAACCAUUUUUUUUUUUUAAGUACCACAUAAGUCACAGUGAUGUUUUAUGUAAAUGCUAAGGGUGGCAUGCUAUACAAAUAAAACAUUUUUACUGCAUUCUGAUUUUUUUUAAUACACACUGCGUGACUUUUUUUCUUACAUACAUGUUGAUUUCUAGGGGGAUUUUGAUAUUUGCUCUUAAGCUAAUUUUUUUCUUUCAAAUUGAGUUGUUAGAAUGAACUAUCAGUUCUAAAACAAGUCCUCUCUGUUUGAAUAGCAGCUUGUCCUAACUAGUCAUGCUUUGAGCAUUCUGCUAUGGUUUAUUGAAGCUAAAACAGCAAGUUUGUAUGUUGAUACCGAUUUACUUUUAAAUUUUAAUUUUGUUAAUUUUCCAUUUUGGAAUAUUAAUAUAAGUAAGGUUGCCAGAUAAAAUAUGGGGCACUGCAUUCAAUCUGCAUUUUAAGUAAAGUAGGACUAACUUUUUAGCAUAAGUAUGUCCCAUGCAAUAUUUGAGAUAUAGUAAACAGUUAUUUGUUUAUCUGAAAUUCUAAGUUAACUGGGUCUUCUGUAGUUUCAGUUGCUAAAUCUGACAACCUUAAAUAUAUGACUCAGGGUAACUGGAAAAUAUCAAGAAAUACUACUCAUGUCUGACAUCUCCCUGCACAAUGUUAUGUUGGAUACCGUCCUUUUAUAAAAAUGUUAAAUAGUAAAUCUAAGAUUAUUUGCCAAAAAGGAAGUCAUUUUCCAAAGGUAAUUUAGAAAAUUUGCCCUACAGUCAUAUUUACUGGUCUUAAAGUGUAGCUUAAAUAAACUGGAGUUAGUAAUUGCUGACAUAAUGUUCACAAGUGCCAUAUUUGAUCUAACAACUCAAUUACAGAGGUGAAACCUGGAGGGGAGAGAGAAUCCUUUUUAUGGGUUGGCUUCACCCACUAUGGAGCAUAGUUCUACUCUGACACACCUAGGGCUACCAUGAGUCAAAAUUGACUCAACAGCCCCUGGUUUUUGGUUUUCUAGGGAUUACGUAAAACUUAAACGAGGUGAUUAUACAGUAUCAAAACUCUGUCGUUCAUAACUGGUAAAGUUCCUUUUAGAGCUGAGGGCCAGUUACAACAAAUGAACAGGCCGAUUGUAACAGUUAGAUUACUUUUGGAAAAUAGAAGAAAAAAAAAGAGCAACCAAAAUUUCAUCUAAAAUGCAUAAUCCACAAGAGUGUGCUGAAAGUGAGCAUGCCGGAGACAGUACUUACUCCUCAAUGCUUCUCUCCAGUGUCUGAUGACAUCCAUAUCCAUCUUUUGGGAGGAAAGCAGUUGACCCAGAUGGCCAACAUCUGUACGUACAUCUCUGUGGCCCCCAAAUGACCCACUGCAGAAUCUUGCUAUCUUCAGCUUCCUUUAGAUGUUGCUGCCUCUGGAGGAAGAAGCAGACGUGUCAGCUAGGGUCAACCCACCCUACGGCCCCUCUGGUCGCACAGGCUUCCCUGGGCUCCACCUCCCUUCCCAGCCACCACUGCGGCAGUCAGUUUCCAGUGAGCUGACAUCAGCAGUAUCUUGCCCUGCCUGGGGUGCGUGCAGCACUGCUGUUUGCUUUUUCCCAAUGUCCCCACCUCACACAGGUGAAACCUGCAAGUGAAGAUGACUUAACGCCCCGCGGGCAGCCCUCCACCUUUGGAGAAUGGAAGCCAACGGAUAAAUGUUCCCGCCUCUCAUCAUUUAGGAGAACAAUUCUGGGGGGUGCUCUGAAUGCACCUGGGGAGGUUUCACCAGAAUUAAGCCUCUUUGCCCAUAGUCGUGAGUGACGUCGUUCAUUUGCCUUUUAGUAAUGCCCCGCCUCCCCCUCCCUGCUCUCUCACUCCUUCUUUCUGAGAUCACGUCCCAGAUAAAGUGCCUGCACCAAGUCCUUGUCUCCAUCUCUGCUUUUGGAGAUAUCUAAGUUUGGAACCCGAAGAAAAAAAAGUGGAUCUAGAGUACAGACUACCCCAACAUGAUUAUAGGACCGGACUUCAAGUUUGUGUCUGUUUUCACAAAACUUGUCAGUCUCAUCCAGGCCUACUUUAGGGUCUUGAGAAAGGUCUGUGAACUUGGAGGGAAAAAUUAUAUCAGUAGGCCAUCUUUUUUUUUUUUUUUGUCUUUUAAUUUUAUCAAAGCAACCUCUAUGUGUUCGCUUCUGCUGUAUAUACCCUGGAGAACGCAUAUAAGGCAAGGCUGCAGCUAGCCUGAAGGAGCUUAAAGUCUAAAUAAGAAGACUCAGACAUAUGUCAGCAGAGAACAGUUUAGGUUUGUUUGAGACAAACUAUAUGACACAGACCAUAAACUCAAAAGUCUGGGGAGGAGAUAUGUUUCCUCAGUGGAGUUGAGUUCCUUGUCACUGGGGGUAAUCAAGCAGUGGCCAAAUUAAAAUAGGUAUGGUUGAAUUAGAUGACUUAUGGAAUCUGUUUACCCCUAAAUUCUCUGAUUCUGAGAGAUCAGUGUGUCCUGGAGUACAUGAGACCUAAAGGUAUGACAGGUGGAGGGAAGAAGGGACGAUUAUAGGAGAAUUGAACAAGGCCUCAUCCAUGAUCUUGGAAGAGACCAGAGAAUUUGUCCAGGAGAGUGGGAGAAAAUGAACAGAGUGUGGUGUGGUCAGGUGUGCCAAGGAAUGGGAAUCCCUCUAUGUCUCUGCAGAGGGCCCGUAAUACAAAAAUGGUCAAGAGAGAUGUAUCAACAGUGUUGUGUGGUGUGGGAGACAGGGCCAAGGAGGAGACCAGUGCUUUGAAGUCUAAUAAGUUAUGAGGUAAGAAAGGAUUGUGCCAAGCUUCUUCCUACUGCAGGACCUUUGCGCUUGCUAUUCCCUCUGACUGGAAUGGCCUUACUCCACAUCUUCCCAUGCAGCCUUGCUGCUUGUCAUUGUUUAGGACUCCACUCUGCUAUCACUUCAGAAAGGCCCUUGUUAUCAUCUAGUCUAAAAUGCCCCCUCACACCAGUCACUCUAUCCUGUUUUCCUGUUUUAUUAACAUUAAUCACCAUCCGAAAUUAGGAUCUUCUGUUUACCCCAAUGGUUAGAAUGUUGCCUGGCACCUACUAGGUGCUCGGUGAAUAUUUGCUGAAUGAAUGAACAACUUGAAGUAGGUUGGCACUGGGUGGACUAGCUGAGGUUUAGGGGGUUGGGAGGUCACCUGAAGUUGCCUCAGCACCGUCCUAUAAUGAUUUAAAAUGAAGUCAGAAUCUAUCUAUUGACUCAGGCCAAUUCAGACAUGUACUGAGUGCCUGUUUUGUGCCAUGCGUGGUGCCGAUUAGAUCUCAGGAAACAGAAAUGAAUUAAGACCUUGAGGAGAUCAUAGUCUAAUGUGUGAUUCUUAACCUGGGUUUGUGGAUACAAAUCCAGGAAGUUAUGAACUUGGAUGGUGUCUUAGUCUCCUAGUGCCGCCGUAACACAAAAAUACCACAAGUGAGUGGCUUUACCUAACAGAAAUUUAUUUUCUCACAGUUCUGGAGGCUAAAAGUCUAAAUCAGGGUUUCAGCCAUGUUAAUUUCUGUAGGCCUAUCCUAGUUUCUGGUGUCUGCCAGCAAUCCUUGGUAUUCCUUUACUUAUAGAUGGGUACUCACUUGGCAUCUGUCUUCCCCAUGUGUGUGUCCCUGUGUCUAUUCUGCUCUUGCUGUAAGACACCUCUCAGAAGUGAUUAGGUUUAAGGCCCACACUACUCUGGUAUUGCUAAUUAACAUAACAAAAGAAAACCCUGUUCCCAAACAUAUUUACAGGUACGUGGGUUAAGAUGUCCAUAUAACUUUUUGAGAGACACUAUGUAAUCUAUAACAGGUAAGAGAUGCUACAUCUUUCUUUACUACCCUCUAACUGAAAUUGGGUCACUAUGAGUCAAAAUCGACUCGACAGCAGCGGGUUUGGUUUUUUUUUUUUUGGCUUUCUGACUGCAAUUUGCAGAUGGUGCAAAUGGUUACGCACGCAGCUGCUCACCGAAAGUUUGGUAGUUUGAGUCCACCCAGAGGCACCUUGGAAGAAAGGCCUGGUAGUCCACUUCUGAAAAAUCAGCCACUGAAAACCCUAUGGAACACAGUUCUACUCUGACACUCAUGGGGUUGCCACGAGUCGGAAUUGACUUAUGGCAACUUUUUUUUUUGGCUGAAAUUUUGCGUUUUCUUCCAUUAGGAGCAUAGGCAAUAAAGCAGAGUAGUACUGGCACUUCCUAUGACUUUGUCACCAAUAGAAACCACAGAUGUUUUCAUAUCACAUUAUACGUGUUCCAGAUAUCUUGAAAUGGCGUUUAUGAUCAUCGCUGCUUCAAAAUUAUAAUAAUUUUUAAAUCUCCUGGAUCUUUUUAUUUAAUACAUUAAUAAGCACAUAGAUUAUUAUGUCGUAAAUUCCUUUUUAGUAUUUUGAAUAGCUGUAUUUUGAUGCAUAUAUAUGAAGGUAAAUACAUGAACCCUUUGUAUUUAUUUAAGGAGCCCUGAUGGCGUAAUGGUUAAGCACUCAGCUGCUAAUCAGAAGAUUGGCGGUUCAAACCCAUUAGCUGCUCCACCGGAGAAAAGACCUGGCCAUCUGCUCCUGUAAAGAUUACAGACUAGGGUUUCCUAUGAGUCAGAAUCAACUUGACAGCACACAGCAACAACAACAACAUGCAAAGCGAAGGCUGGAGCUGGGAGAAAGCGGUCAUCAGUACCUCUCAGAUGGUUUAAAAACCCCCAAGGGCAAAGGAAGAGCUGCACUCCGAAGUCCAGACAGUCCAAAAACUCCAAAAUCUCCCUCAGAAAAAACACGGUAUGAUACGUCACUUGGUCUGCUCACCAAGAAGUUCAUUCAGCUACUGAGCCAAUCACCCGAUGGGGUCUUGGAUUUGAACAAGGCAGCUGAGGUGCUUAAAGUGCAAAAGAGAAGGAUUUAUGACAUCACCAACGUCCUGGAAGGCAUCCACCUCAUUAAGAAGAAAUCUAAAAACAACGUUCAGUGGAUGGGCUGCAGUCUGUCUGAGGACGGUGGCAUGCUGGCCCAGUGCCAAGGCCUGUCAAAGGAAGUGACCGAGCUCAGUCAGGAAGAGAAGAAACUAGAUGAACUCAUCCAAAGCUGCACCCUGGACCUCAAACUGUUAACCGAGGAUUCAGAGAAUCAAAGGUUAGCUUAUGUAACAUAUCAAGAUAUUCGAAAAAUUAGUGGCCUUAAAGACCAAACUGUUAUAGUUGUGAAAGCCCCUCCAGAAACAAGACUUGAAGUGCCUGACCCACUAGAGAGCCUACAAAUUCAUUUGGCAAGUACCCAAGGACCCAUUGAGGUUUACUUAUGUCCAGAAGAGACUGAAACACACAGUCCAAUGAAAACAAACAACCAAGACCACAAUGGGAAUAUCCCUAAACCCACUUCCAAAGACUUGGCUUCAACCAACUCAGGACAUAGCGAUUGCUCCGUUUCUAUGGCAAAUCUUUCUCCUUUGGCCUCUCCCGCCAACCUUUUACAGCAGACUGAGGACCAAAUUCCUUCCAACCUAGAAGGACCAUUUGUGAACUUACUGCCUCCUCUGCUCCAAGAAGACUAUCUACUAAGCCUGGGGGAGGAAGAAGGCAUCAGUGAUCUCUUUGAUGCUUACGAUUUGGAAAAGCUUCCACUGGUGGAAGACUUCAUGUGUAGUUGAUUACGCUUCGCGUGAACCCUCCUUAUAAACCAAUAUGUUUUUAUUAUGGAACCAGAACCUCUGUCAUGCAGUGUUGUCCCUUCCUACCUUCUUCCUCCAAGAUAUUAUCAUGAAGUAAACUACAAACUUCAAAACAAAGCUGACAUUUUAAUGAAUUAAAAAAAAAAUUGUCUAAACGCACAGUUGCAGGCUCUCUUGGGAACGCCCUGCCUUGCCCCAGGCUCCAAUCUCAUGGAUGAGUCAGCAAGUGAGAAAAUGUGCAAUCAGGUGUCUCCCUCCCCGAUUGGCUUGCGGUGCCUGACGGAUGGGCUGUAGGAUGAGGUCUGGCCACCUGGCCCACUUGAAAACAGCAAUCUUCCUUAAUAGCAUUUCAAGCCGUGCCUUCUCCGCAGAAUGCAUGUCUUUGGGGUCUGCUAAUAUGGAAUGAAACUGCAGGAAAUGUAAGCUUGAAGUCAUGCAAAAGUAUGAAAUGAAUUUCUUCAGCUCUUCUUAGGAAUAUUUAAAUUACUGUCAUGAUUCAGUUUAAGCUAUGUACUGUCUGUCACACGAGGAGGUCAGGAGCGCCUCCACAGCCUUCCAUAUGAAGAACCUGUUUUCAAAUCUUUGUCGCAAAUACAGAAGAAUUAUAGAGUUCUGCCACUCUUAGCUGUUGUGGCUUUUCCUGUCUCCAUAAACCACUCCCGCCCCCCGCCCCCAAUGUCCUUGUAAGUUUAAAGUUUAUUUGUAGCCAUUGCCUACUUAGGAGUUCUUUGUGGAUUGUUUUAAACUUUUUUUUAUUUUUUAGCUGCCAUUUAAGCAUUCCUGUGGCACCCAUCACCAUUUCAAUUUAAUUGUUUACUAGGAAGCGGUUCUGGCUAAUUCAAAUUGGUUAAGCAGAGGGAAAGAACCUCUACUGAUCAGAGUAUCUAAACCUGUGUGAUCUAAGUUUUAACAGCCUCUGCAAGAAGUGGGGUCCCAUCAAGCUUCCCUUCAUUGAAGGGGGAGCUUGGUGUGAGCCAGUCCUGGAGGUCAUCGCCGUGGUGGCUCCUUUGAAAGGAGAACCAGGUUAGCAGUCCCAAGGAGCAGCAGGGAUGGGUCCCUCCAUCCUUGGACUCCCCAGGCACCUGUGACUGGGAAAAGGGCUCUCUUACAUCGCACUCAGGGAGAUCAGAUGGAGAGGCCUCUCGGAAGAAAGAUCUGCCCAUUCCGUGAGGAUAUAGUGGCAUUUACUUAAAGCUGAUAAGAAGAGGGAGCCGCCACUGUGUCUGGUGCUGUUACAGUCCUGGCCACAACCCAGUCCCCUUCGACUGUGAAGGAGUAAGUUGGGCCAAGGGAAGUUAGACCCUAGAAAAUGAAGGGAUAAGAUGCCAGGGCAUCUCCCGGUUUACUCUUUGGGAACGUUGUCCCAGGUUGCAAAUUCUCUUGGGUAUGUCCAAGAAUAGCUUCCUCACUGGCAGUUGGAGACAGCCAUCUCCCACCAGGCAUGUGGCAUAGCACCUCCAUCCAGAUCCACUCGCUGGAUGCUAAAGACUGCGGGAAUGAGGGGGGAAUUGUCAUUUAAAAAAAAAAAAGAGCAGUUAAAACGCUAUGUGCCUGACACAGCGGUAGGCACAUAGUAGGCACUCAAUUAAUAUGCGUUUCAUUGAAUAGAAAAUAAUCCCUUAGGAAAAAAAAUAGAGAAAGCCCCAGCCAGUUUACUCUAGAUGGGUUUUCACAAUAUGCAAAGUGGUGGUGGGGUCAGCAGAAGUGACACCAGCACUUUAAACCAUUUGUGUAGGUAUGCGUGGGUGUAUGUUUGGGGAGAAAAACAAAGGUGCAGAUUAUCUUCCUUUUUCUUCUUCAGCCUCCAUCCUCACCCUCCUCCCCUGACACACACCACCGGACUUGGUCCGAGAUGAAGCAUUGGGGUGGGGAGGGAGGGGAAGCUUUGUGUUAAGUGCCUACUGGAAAUGCACUGUGGGGUUUUUUCCUGUAUGGGAAACCAUUUAUGCCAAGCUUUUUCCCAUUCCCCAUAUUUAUCUCAUCUGGUUAGCUGCCUCUGCUUCCAGCCUUGUGUAAUUCUCUCUGCCAGCUGCACAAAGCUGACUUUUUUCCAAAGUCUGAAGAGUGAGCUCACCUGGCUAGGUAGUUGUGUGUUUUAAUUUCUUGUCAAACCUUUUGGUAAUGUAAUGCUGUAUUUAUUGUUUCUGCAAAACGAAAGGAAUACUAAUAAGUCGGAAACGUUCUUUCACGUGUCGGGUUUUUCCAGUGAAGGGGCUUAACUGAGGUACAUCAAUUAAAUGCCCCAUACUGUAUUCUGUUGGCAUUUGUCAUUUUAUUUUUGACAUAGUAUCUGGCACACAAAGUGGGUUAGUACUACAGUAUUUGUGUUACUUUAAGUACUAAGUAUGCAGGUUUCCUGGUACCAUUGCGUUGCUGCUAUUAAAGCUCACACAUGAAAUGGCUGAAAGUUACAAAUACGCGAAUUAUGACUGCGUGAGCCUUAGAAACUAAAGUGUAUAAAGGGCAAGACAUGAGCUGUCAAACAGUGUUAGGUGUGUGUUUAUAUGUACAGAUUUGUGCAUAGCGGUGGUUUUAUUUAAGUUGUUAUGUAGUCGUCUCAUAUUUUCAUUAUCUAGCAAUUUUGUACAAAAAAAAAAAUAGCAAUUAAUUUGUAAACACUGCCAGAAUAUUUUCUAGCUGGUUUGUAAUUUUUUAAGAGUGUAUUUUUGUUUGUGUCUUUUGUUGUGGUUCUUGUUUUUGUUGUCGUCGUCGUUUUAAGUGUAGAUCUGUAAAUAAAAUUGCAGUAUUUAAAGCUUUAGCUUUCAGGAAAAUGAAAGUAAGAACUCAGUGUGUGCAUGACAACUUGUGGGUUUAAGAGGAGGACUUUGAAGGAAGAUGCCUUGAAGAGGAAGACAGGUGGCAAGUGUCAAGUUGUGGUAAUUUCUUUUCCUAUGGGGUACGUGAUUUUGUAAAAAGGAAGUACUUCUCCUGAAUUGGGAGUAGGCAAAUUACUAAUCGGUUUAGCUUUGUGUUGUAUGCUAGUUGAAAAAAGAAAAUCUGUAAUAUAAUGUAAAAAAAAAAAAAAAAAGGCGCUUUAUGAUGGAUUUUGUAAAUAGAUUUGAUACAGGAUAACCUGUUCUCUAGCUGUGAUCUUACCACUUCAAAUGGGUGUAAUUUGAAUAAAUUUUGUAUGGUAAAGAAUCAAUAAAAUGAUUUUUUUUUUAAGA